CACCACUCUUCCCCAGAGAGAGAAAGAGAGAAAAAGAGAGAGAGGGAUGCUUUUCUUGCACAUUUGCUUCUGAUCCUCUCUCUAUCUCUCUCGUCUCUACCACCCACCUUAUAUUCUGUAUAAUAAUAAUAAUACAAGCAAAGGAGAAGCAGAGGAGAGGAGAGAGAGUUAAAUAUAGCAUAACAAGCCCUCUCCUCAUACCCUCCCAAUCUCUUUCUUCCUCACUAGACAGAAGAGAAGAAGAGGAUAAUAGAGAAAUCAGAAUAUGUAUGGACGAGAUCCUUGGGGAGGUCCCCUUGAGAUUAAUGCUGCCGACUCUGCCACCGACGAUGACCGGAGCCGUAACCUCCACGACAUAGACCGGGCCGCUCUUUCCCGUCAGCUCGAUGAAACUCAACAGAGCUGGCUCCUUGGCCCUACUGAUCAGAAGAAGAAGAAGAAGUACGUUGAUCUUGGAUGCAUAAUCGUCAGCCGCAAGAUCUUCGUAUGGACAGUUGGUUCAAUACUCGUCUGUGGCCUCCUAGCUGGCCUCAUUACCCUCAUUGUAAAGACAGUACCACGCCACCGUCACCACCCUCCCCCUCCUGAUAAUUACACACUCGCUCUCCACAAGGCUCUCAUGUUCUUCAACGCCCAACGAUCUGGACCACUUCCAAAGCAUAACAAUGUUUCAUGGAGAGGGAACUCUGGGAUGAAAGAUGGCCUGUCUGAUGCAGCUAUUGGAAGGAGUCUGGUAGGGGGCUAUUAUGAUGCUGGAGAUUCAAUUAAAUUCAACUUCCCUGCAUCUUUUGCCAUGACCAUGUUGAGUUGGAGUGUGAUCGAGUACAGCGCCAAAUAUGAAGCUGCCGGGGAGCUCAACCAUGUCAAGGAGAUUAUCAAAUGGGGGACGGAUUACUUCCUCAAAACCUUCAAUUCUUCUGCUGACACAAUAGACAGGAUUGCUGCGCAGGUUGGCAUAGGCGACACUUCACAAGGGACUAAUCCUAAUGACCAUUACUGUUGGGUGAGGCCAGAGGACAUUGAUUAUCCACGGCCUGUAUAUGAAUGCCAUAGCUGCUCAGAUCUGGCUGCUGAAAUGGCUGCUUCUUUAGCUGCAGCUUCCAUUGUCUUCAAGGACAGCAAGACCUACUCGAAGAAGCUUGUCCAUGGUGCUAAAACACUCUUCAAGUUUGCAAGGGAUCAGCGGGGCAGAUACAGUCCAGGAGGCUCUGACCCUUCGCUCUUCUAUAAUUCCAGUAGUUAUUGGGAUGAGUAUGUGUGGGGUGCAGCAUGGUUAUAUUAUGCUACAGGAAAUUCCUCCUACCUCCAAUUGGCUACUACCCCAAAACUUGCCAAACAUGCUGGUGCCUUCUGGGGGGGUCCGGAUUAUGGUGUGUUCAGCUGGGACAACAAGCUUGCCGGUGCUCAAGUUCUUCUGAGCAGGUUGAGACUUUACUUGAGUCCCGGAUAUCCUUAUGAAGAAAUAUUGAGGACCUUCCACAACCAGACCAACAUAAUCAUGUGCUCGUUUUUACCGGAUUUCAACAGUUUCAACCGAACAAAAGGAGGACUGAUACAAUUAAACCAUGGAAGGCCUCAGCCCCUUCAGUAUAUAGUAAAUGCAGCAUUCCUUGCUUCAGUUUACAGCGAUUAUCUGGAAGCUGCAGAUACGCCUGGAUGGUAUUGCGGACCGAAUUUCUUCCCUGUUGAAUACCUGCGUAAAUUUGCUAGGACCCAGCUUGAUUACAUUCUUGGUAAGAAUCCUCGGAAGAUGAGCUAUGUGGUAGGUUUUGGUAAUCAUUACCCAAAACAAGUUCAUCACAGAGGCGCGUCAAUUCCCAAGAACAGGAUCAGGUACAACUGUAAAGGGGGAUGGAAGUGGAGAGAUAGUAAGAAGCCAAAUCCCAACACUAUCGUUGGAGCCAUGGUUGCUGGCCCUGAUAGGCAUGAUGGCUUCCGAGAUGUUCGGACCAACUACAACUACACAGAGCCAACACUUGCAGGUAACGCUGGAUUAGUUGCUGCGCUAGUGUCUCUGUCAGGCGAAAAGUCCGGGAUUGACAAGAACACGUUAUUCUCUGCCAUCCCACCAAUGUUCCCAACUCCCCCUCCACCUCCAGCACCAUGGAAACCAUGAAAUUGGGGAGGCUCUGAUUUUUUGAACUCUUGUUGGGUUAUGUUAUAUAAUUGGUUUUCUUCAGUCCUGUUGUGAGUUGUAACAGCUGUGAGGAACAUUGGAGGAUGACGUGAUGCUCACCAACCCUGUGGAGUGCCAAGUCCAAACAGCUCUAAUGCUCAGGGAUUGGAUGUUUUCCCCUCUUCUUUUUUUUUGUCUUUCUCAUUUGAUGUGUAUGUUUAUACAUAUAUAUAUAGAUAUUAAAUGAGCAAUAUUCUUUUGAAUGUCAGAA